CACUCUCUACAGAAAAAAGAUGAAAAUUCUCAUCUCCAAACAUCCGCUGCCUCUAGUGCUACUGCUGCUGCAGCUGCUACAGCCACUACAGUUUCAAGACAAUGAGAGACGCUACGAUUUGCCACCUGAUAAAGCAGAUGAAUUUGAAGAUUAUUUGGAAGAAUUUAGUAGUACAGGGCCUACCAGACCACCUACCAAAAAAAAAUUCAUAAGGCUUUCCCUUAUUGGAACAGAAAGGACAUUAAGUGAUUCCUUCUUCUGCACUGAUACAGUCAGGCUAAAAAAUGUUCACAACAAGUCUCGUUGUGUGACGGAACAUAAUUUCAUCGUAAUGCCAUACGAUGAUGUGAAAAACCUCUGUUACACAAGGUAUGUCGAGUGUAAGAAUGGGAUCAAGAAAUGUCACAGAAGCAGGCUGCCGAUAGAGGGAGUGUAUUGUAAAUUAAGAAGAGGGACCACUCUACCUGACUGUGAUUAUGAUUCAACUUAUAAGAUGGGCUUUGUCCUAAUUACUUGUCGAUGGCAAAAUAGUAUCAAAAAACUUGUUCCUGUUCAUGUAAAUGAUAUCCUGGUGCUACAGGAUUGAACACAAAAACAUCCCAAGUGAAGCCUUCCUCGGUGGUGCAGGUGUCUCCCAGAACAAAGAUGCCCUCCAUGAAGAAGAAGAAUUUCAGAAGUCAGAGUGAGAGGAUAUCACACUCUCCACAUGAAUCUUUCUUCAUCAAAAUUGAGAAUGGUUAUUUCAUUCCAUUAAUUGUAAUUAUCAGCCUCCCUCCCUUCCUGUCCGAACAUCACUCAAAGGCAAUGUAGGCUGGGUUCACUGCGAGAUGGUUUCACCCAGGUCUCACAGUUCCACAUGUUUUGAAUGGGUCAUGGGUAUGCAUGCCUGCCGUGGGAGGAAGGGCGACCAGCACUAAAAGGAACGGGAAGAGGUUGCCGGAAGCAUCCUCCAAAGAUGCAGUCACGUAAUUCUCUAGUUCAGCAGAAAGAAUAAAGUGCUUCAAAAUGCAGCGACUUUGGUGUGCCUAUGUGUGGUUUCCAGGUAUGAAACUCUUUCUAG